CUCUUUUCCUAUAGUUUACUCCAUGUCUUAACUGACAUCUUGUAGUAGACAUCUGUGGAUACAUACAGUAGAGUCUCACUUAUCCAACAUUCGCUUAUCCAAUGUUCUGGAUUAUCCAACGCAUUUUUGUAGUCAAUGUUUUCAAUACAUCGUGAUAUUUUGGUGCUAAAUUUCUAAAUACAGUAAUUACUACGUAGCAUUACAUCAUAUUGAACUACUUUUGCUGUCAAAUUUGUUGUAUAACAUGAUGUUUUGGUGCUUAAUUUGUAAAAUCAUAACCUAAAUUGAUGUUUAAUAGGCUUCUCCUUAAUCUCUCCUUAUUAUCCAACAUAUUCGCUUAUCCAACGUUCUGCCGGCCCAUUUAUGUUGGAUAAGUGAGACUCUACUGUAUCUGUUUCUGUGUUUUGUUUUUGUUUUGUUUUUUAAAUUUUAUUUAUGUGCUUUUUAGAAAGGAAUACAACGAAAGUGGUGGAACAAAAUAAUUUAGUAAAGUAGGAAAAGAUAGAGAAAAAAGAGGGAGGGUGUAGGGCAAAAAAGAGGUGAGAUUUUUUUUAAAAAAUGGAAAAAGUGUAAAGUUUCCAUGACUUCCAUCCUUAUCUGUAUUGAAACUAGUCCGUCGGGGAAUCUUCCCCGGUGUUUCUCUUAUUUCUUUUAUUCAUUGUUAUCGAAGCUUCCCUAUAUUCUGUAUUUAUUCUUGUUUCUGUGUUUAAUAGAUGAGAAAUGAAAUGAAAAGUAAAAUUAGGUAUUGUAAUAGCUUCUCAUUUUAAAUAUCAGUGCCAAAUAUCAAGGGUGGCUGAAGGCAAUAUGUACCUGUCUCUAAAACUGGCAUUUCUGUGUCUGACAUUAACUUAAAAAUGCCUGAUGGAAAGUUAUCUUGGUUAUACACCUACUGUCACUAUCCUUCAGGUACAUGAAAAACCUGUUCCAGCUGUCCUACAUUCUGAGGAUGAAUAACUUUCUAAUUAUAAACUCAUUGGUCCAGACUUCAAAAUAAGCCCUCCAAGCCAAUUCUUCCCACUUUGGAGUGUGGGAUGUUUGUGUCCUCUCACGAGCCUCUGAUUUUAACUUUGAAUCCCUUCGCGUCCCUCUUUCCUAUGGUCAGAAGAAGGAAGCUAACCAUGAACAAAGUUGUAGCAGUAAGCUUCCUAACUUUGCUCUCCUUUGAUACAGUCAGAAUGCUUACCUGCUUGGCCUGCAAAAAGGUUGUAGAAGAUAAUAGUUGCCUCCAUAACGAAAGAAGCUGCAAAUCUGGAGGGUUUGAUUUCUGCUACAGUAGAGUGAUUGCCAAAGGAACCAAUAUUGAAAAUGUGGAUCGGGGUUGCACUAAAGUGUGUCGUAUCCUGAAGAAGAGCAAAAUUAAUUUUGAAGAGCAUAUGAUAUGCUGUGUGCGAGACUACUGCAACAUUCACAACUUCUGGACUGAUAAAUUGUUUUCUAAAAAACAAAUGGAUUGAUUUUCACUUAAAUAUUGAACUAAUAAGAUCGGAUCUUUUGUCCUAUACUUUUAGUGAGUAAGUCUUAUCUACAAAAAUUCAAAUGAAACUGUUGCAUGUCUA